CACUCCGGAAGUAGAUUACAAAUUAAAUAAUACAACCGUAGGCUAAAACGCUUCAGUUAGUUUUGUCUCUUCUCGGUCAUUUAUAGUAUUUCUCCGUUCGUGCCAAGACCUUUUUUGUUACAGUGACCGCACCCCAUCGUCUGAAGUGCAAACAUGUCUACUGAAAAGUGUUUCGCCAAAGGAUGCCCUGUACCUGGUCCAGUCCCCAAAGGCCUCAUCAGGCUUUACAGCAUGAGAUUCUGCCCCUUUGCCCAGAGAGCCAGAUUAGUGCUGAAUGCCAAAGGGAUCAAGCACGAAACCAUCAACAUCAACCUGAAAGAUAAACCUGACUGGUUCCUUGAGAAGAAUCCCCUUGGUCUUGUCCCAACACUGGAGACACCUGCUGGUGAGGUGAUAUACGAGUCUCCUAUCACCUGUGAAUACCUGGAUGAAGUUUACCCUGAGAGGAAGCUACUUCCUCCCUCUCCUUUUGGUAAAGCUCAGCAGAAGAUGAUGCUGGAGCAUUUUUCCAAGGUAGUACCGUACUUCUACAAGAUCCCAGCGGGGAGGAAUAAUGGCGAGGAUGUCUCAGGACUGGAAAAUGAACUGAAAGAGAAGUUUGCCAAAUUAAAUGAGGACUUGGUGAAUAAGAAAACAACUUUCUUUGGUGGAAACUCCAUCAUGAUGAUCGACUACAUGAUGUGGCCAUUUUUUGAGAGGCUGGAGAUCUUUGAACUGAAACACUGCCUUGACAAAACACCUGAGCUGAAGAAGUGGACAGAGUGCAUGUCGGAGGACCCGACUGUCAAAGCCACCAGGCUCAGUGUGGACACCUACAAGGGCUUUUACAAGUCUUACGUUGAGGGGAAACCAAACUAUGACUAUGGCCUGUAGAAAAUACAAAUCAAACCCUUAAACCGUCCAUUUACAUUCAUGUUUCUGUUAUGGUUGUUGCAGAGUCCUGCAUGUUUUUCAGGCUUUGAUGCAAUAAGUAAUAUCUGUAAGUAAAUUAUCACGAUGAGUAAACAUUUCAGGGAUAAAUUUGACAAAGGUAAAAUGUGCUUUUAUUGGAGAUUUUAAGAUCUAUUUUGAUGUGAGGGGAAGAUACCAAAUCACUUUAACUGGAAUGAGCCACAGUAAUCGUAUGACUUUGUCACUGAUGUCAUUGAUUGAUGAUGUUUUCAAUGAUCAAUUUCAAACGCUGCACUUUUUCUAAUAAACUGUGGUUGUAAU